AUGGACAUCAAAUGCGAGAAGAAUCAAGAGUCUCACCUUCGCACCGAUCCUCGAAUACAGCGCCAUAUACGAGUUGAUGAUUGGAAUGGACCGAACGACCCCGACAACCCCCGGAAUUUCCCUUUGGCGACGCGAUUAUGGGGUCAAGUAUCUGUCACUUGUCUAGCCUUUGCAAGCGCAUUCGCCGGUUCCAUCUAUGCCCCAGCAUCGGAUGAGAUAAUGCGAGUCUUCAACUGCAGUUACGAGGUCUCCGUUCUGCCUCUUGCCCUCUAUAAUCUUGGAAUGGCUUUCGGUCCUCUUCUCGGAGCACCCCUCUCCGAAACAUACGGAAGGAAGGCCGUGUUUAUCAUCACAACGCCGAUUUCUAUGGCAUUCAUGGUUGGCGCAGGUGCAGCUAGCAACUUAAGAGACAUCAUCAUCUGCAGAUUCUUUGCUGCUAUACUUGCCUCGCCGAAUAUCAGUAACGCUUCUGCUACCAUACUCGACUAUACGCCUGAAAUAUAUCGCGGAGUGUAUCUUGGAGUAUAUUAUUCUAUUCCGUCUGUUGCUCCGACAUUAGGGCCAUUGGCUGGGGGUUUUGUUCUUCAAACCAGGUCCUGGCGCUGGACACAGUGGGUGGCCAUUUUCGUCUCUGUUGCAACAUAUAUCCCUGUUCUCUUCACCAAGGAAACCUAUAAGGGUGUUAUACUCAAGCGCAGAGCCAGAAGACUGGGUCUUAGUGAUGAUUCAUCACAAAAAUCAUCAUUCCAAAAGACACUGCGGUACUUCUUUGUCACUUUGAUCCAACGUCCCCUACAUAUGCUUUUCACAGAGCCCAUUGUGACAUUGGUUAGCUCAUACAACGGUGUCAUUUUCGGCCUGCUAUACGCAUACGUGGUUUCCAUUCCCUGGACCUUGGAAAGGUACUACGAAUUCGAUUCAUCUGGCCAAUCACUCUCAUACCUCGGCGUGAGCUUAGGCAGCCUCCUCGCGUGUAUCCCGUUUUCUUUUAUCGACAUCUUCUAUUAUCAAAGACGUUUACACGCCUGGAAAUCCACUCCCAAUUCGAGUGAACGAUUUCCACCCGAGAACCGUCUGCUUUCAGCGAUGGUAGCUAGUCCUUUCCUUCCAGCCUGUCUAUUCAUCGCUGGGUGGACAGCUGAAUACAAAGUUCACUGGAUCGUGCCAAUAUUUUUUCAAGGAAUGACAAUGUUGGCCUGUCUUCUCGUUUAUGCUGGUGUCAACCUGUUUAUGCUAGACUCUUACGGUCCACUCUAUGGGGCGUCUGCAUCUGGCGCCAUGAUGUUUAGCAGGUACCUUAUGAGCUUUAUUUUCCCGCUCUUUGCGCUGCAAAUGUUUGAGCUACUUGAUGUGGGAUGGGCGACUUCGCUUCUAGCCUUCUUGAUGUUACUCAUGGCACCGAUUCCUUGGGCAUUUUGGGUGUACGGUGAGCGCCUGAGGAUAAGGAGUAGAUAUGAGAGUAGCUCUUGA